ACGAGAAAUGGAGAAUAACACAAGAAGCUCAUCAUCUCUCCCUCUGGCCGGGCGUGUAGCUAUAGUGACUGGAGCCACCAGAGGUAUGGGCCGUGCAAUCGCGAUCCACCUCCACUCUGUUGGCGCAAGAGUCACCAUCAAUUAUGUCUCGAGCUCAUCAAAAGCAGAACUCUUGGUUUCAGAACUAAACGACUCAUCUCAACCAAAGUCAGCAAUUGCAGUUAGAGCAGAUGUAUCAGACCCGGAACAGAUCAACAACUUGUUUGAUCAAACCGAACAGGAGUUCGGAUCUAAAGUUCACAUCCUCGUGAACUGUGCAGGUGUUUUGGAUCCAAAGUAUCCGACUAUAGCCGAGACCACACUGGAAGAUUUCGAGAACACAUUCACAAUAAACACAAGGGGAUCUUUCUUGUGUUGCAAGGAAGCAGCUAAAAGGGUUGUGAGAGGAGGGGGUGGAAGAAUCAUUAUCAUGUCUACAUCAAUGGUUGGUGGUCUCUCACCGGGUUAUGGAGUUUACGCAGCAUCAAAGGCUGCAGUGGAGACAAUGGUGAAAGUGUUGGCGAAGGAGUUGAAGGGAAGCGGGAUUACGGCGAAUUGCGUGGCACCAGGGCCGGUUGAGACAGAGAUGUUCUUUGCCGGAAAGAGUGAUGAAUUGGUGAAGACACUUGCAGCGGCUUGUCCUAUGGGGAGGAUCGGUGAGCCAAAGGAUAUUUCGGAGAUUGUAGGGUUUUUGGCCGGUGAUGGUGGGGAAUGGAUCAAUGGUCAGGUUAUUAGAGCCAAUGGAGGUUUUGUUAUUUAAUAAAAUUGGGGUAUUCUAAGUAGUUUAGGCUUUUGAUUUUUGGAACAUUUGCCUUCAACACGGUGAUGAAAAUUGCAAUAUUGAAUCGUACUA